GAGACGGUGCCGCACAGCGCGAAGCUCGACGGCGAGGAGCAGGUCGAGCUCGCUGCGCGGUUGGUGGCCAUCGAGAAGGCGCUAGCCCUCCAGCUGGCGGGCAAGACAGUCCCAGGGAGUGUACGGUUCGAGCGCAACGUCGCGGCCCACGUGUGGAUCGGCGAGGGCGCCGACGUGCUGAUCCUGGAGACCAAGGAGAAGAACCAGAGACAGCGGGGCUUGCGGCGCGGUCGGCCGCGGGCUAGCCAGGUGGCGAUGGCCUCGGUGAAGCCCUCGGAGAGCGACUCCAGCGUGAAGGACGGCGAGUGCCGCGAAGGCCAGAUGCAGGUGCAGAAGGACGUGGCGGACGGCGCUACGGCUCUCUUCGAGGAGCGGAAGUGCAAGCAGAAGGAGCGGGAGACCAACGCGCACGAGGACGACGACAACGUCAAGAUCGACAAGGCGGCGCAGCAGGCCGCAGCGGAGCAGGUGUCCCCGUGCUCUGAUCUCUUCGCGCCCAACGAGGAGGGCAGGCAGACGGAGCUGGAGGGCAUCGUUGACCCCAUCACGACCAAUGAGGACGGCGGCCUGGAGAAGUCCGAGAGGAUCGGGCCUGCCCGCGGCGCUGGCGACGGCGACAAAGAGAAGAUCGAGAAGGUGGUGCAGCACACCCUCGGCCAUCCCGUGUGCCCUGUCGGUGACGAGCAUGCGGGCAAGCAGAAGGAGUGCGAGAGCAUCGCCACUCCCAGCACGAUGAAGAUGUUCGGGGACGUCGCAAACGUGAAGAUCGCGAAGGCGGUGCAGCAGCCCGCCGUGGAGCUGGUGCCUCACAACUCUGAUCUCUUCGUCCCCAACGGCGAGGGCAAGCAGACGGAGCUGGAGGGCAUCGUCAACCCCACCAAGAUGAAGGAAUACGCCAACGAGAACGACACUGAUGACGUCCCGCCUUGGGAACGCGGCGACCCAAACGACGACGAAUUCGACCGUGCCCGCAGUCGAGCCUUCCGUGUGAAGCUGGUGGCGCGUGGACGCCGCGGCUAA